UGGUAAAGGACGGAACUAGUACAAUUAUUAAAAAAUGAUAACAUUUUUAAAAUAACGCUCAGAACAUAGAUAAAAGAGAAUUAUUUGAACUUCUCAUCAAUAAUGUCCUUUGCACAAAUUUGUAGAAUGUGCUUAAAGAAAAAUAAUGACUUAAAAGAUAUUUUUAUGGUGGAAUUAUUAGGUGGACGACUAAUUUCGAUAGCAGAAGCUCUACAUACGUUUAUUUCAGUUCAGGUUAUUGAUACAAAUGAUGGACUUCCUCAACAAAUAUGUGUGGAAUGUAUAAACAGAUUACGUGAAUUUUAUUCUUUUAAAAGAACAUGUGAAGACUCUGAUAAAAAAUUAAGAAUCAUAAAAACUGACUUAGAGAUUGCAGACAAUGAUACUGACUUAAUAAAUGAUACAAAUAGUAUUGAAGAUGGUAGCAACAAUAAAAAGAAACAUUGUAGGAAAUACAUUACAGUAUCAUAUUCAAAUAAGCUAUGGCAGAGAUUAGAAGAUAAGGAGAAUUCUGGUCAGGACUUUAAUGAUCAGAAACGAAAGAACUUAGUUAAACUAAAUGAAAAGAAAUCUUGUAAAAAUAACACAUGUUUUACAUGUAACAAAAGUUUUAGAUUUGCCAGCAUUUUGGAAAGACAUAAACUUGUACACACUGGAGAAAAACCGAUUUUGUGUAAUAUUUGUGGUUGUAAAUUUACUCAAAUGUCAUAUUUAAAAAUACAUUCUCUAAAACAUACAGGAGAAAAACCAUAUAAAUGCAGUGUUUGUGAAAAGAGUUUUGCUGCAAGAGGAACCCUAAAGAGUCAUAUAAGAACACAUACAGGAGAAAAGCCGUUUGUGUGCAAGAUAUGUGGAAAACUUUUUCCACAGUCUGGGUAUUUAUCAUCCCACAUAAGAAUUCACACUGGAGAGAAGCCUUUAGAAUGUAAAGUAUGCUUGAGAAGAUUUAAUCAAAGUAGUAGACUGGUAACUCACAUGAGAAUACAUAGUGGAGAAAAACCAUAUUCGUGCUCCUAUUGCGGGCGUAAUUUUGCUAUCAAGGGAACACUGACCAAGCAUAUUAGAACUCAUACCGGCGAGAGACCAUAUAUUUGCAGCAUUUGCGGACAAACAUUUGCACAAAAUGGAACUUUAUUAACUCACAUGAAAACUCACAAGGAUUUAACUACAACAAACAAAUAACAAUAAAUGUACACGAUUUUAAAUGUAUUUUUAAAUAAAAACUAAUAUAAAAAUAAACGGCAAUUGGGAAAAAAAAUGACAA